UACGCUGCGCUAGUAUCUACCCAACUUCUUUGUGCACAGUCCGCACUAUCCUUGGAAGGCUUGCACUGAAAGCCUUGCGCACGACAGAGGAUGACUUCUAUGUAGCAGAGCCGGACGAAAAUCGAUUUACAAUGUCAACAACCUUUACUACUACUUCGGGUCACGUCUCGUCGUACGUCGCCAAGAAGUCGGAUACACAUGUAAAACACGACAUGUCUCCAGCCCCGAAACGAACCUGUGACAGAACUACUCAGCUUCAGCCUCGGUUAGCACUACUUACUUCAGCUUCAGCUUAUCAAGUAAAAGACGAUGUGCCUCACUGCCUGACCCGUUCUCUGGCUCUAAACCACCAAGCCUUCACUCCAUGUUGAAAGCCGCAUCGACAAAUGGUCAUAAUGUACAUUGACACUGCAGCUGCGAACAGUCGAUCGCGACAGCCUCGGGCGGUCAUCUCGCCACGAUAUGCGGCUGCACACACACAGUCGCAAACCCCCUUGCUUGAGGAAGAGCAGCUCAACGACGGCGAAGCUCCCCCUACAUAUCUCGAAGCCACUACGCCAGGGCUGUACUACGGGAGACCAAGCGGCGAUGAGGGUGCGACUCUGUUGAACAACGACGAGCAAGAGUACAAGGAAGAUGAAUAUAGUAGACGAAGCUUCAGGCAGUCGCUUAGAACGAAGUGGACAAAGUGGUUGGGGAUAUUCAUGCUGCUAGUCUUUGUUUUCGCGGCUGGUAUUGCAUUUACAACAUCAGCACGCAAAGGCAAACAGGCUUCGGUGAUUCCUGUAGCCCAGCCUUCUGCUCAAGCUGCCGCAAGCGGGACAUUGGCGUCUCCCGUCUCAACACAAUCCACACGGCCGGAAGAUUCCGAGGGAUUGAUUGCGCCAGACAUAAUUGCCAUCCCAUGGCCGUCACAAAGUGCAACAGCCGCAAAGCCGUCUGCUUCGGCGCAGCUAAAGGAGAUUUUCCCUAUUCGGUGGCCAAGAAGAUGCGGGAAAGAGUACAGCGUCAAGACUGAGGAGUUCGAUUUCGGAUCGUCGAGCGAGAUCAGCAUCAUGGAAGCUAUGCAUCAACUCGAUGGACCAUACAAGCGAAUCCAGGGUUGGGUUCACAUCACCAAAGCGCCAGCAGAUCAGGCUGCCGGUACAGUACAAGCGAGAUUGUCUUAUGCCGUCUCGCCGUCAGUCAACGUCGACAGUGUCAAGUACGCUUUGACAUCGAACAGUUUGACCGUAGGAAAUCCAUCCAUACCUUCAGGUUUCGAAGGUGUACCAGCCGGGUCCGCUUGUUUAGGCAUGUCCAUCGUAUUGUACAUGGCACCAGGUGUUACACUCGAGACCCUGAACGUCGAAGCCACGCACCUGGGUAUGCAGAUUCACGGCAGUGUGGACUUCUCAGUGCGAAAUUCAACAUACAUUUCGCUUACUUCAGGAACCCUCGACGCAUCGAUGUUGAAGUCACGGCAGACAUACCUCAAGACGACAUCAGGUUCGAUCAGCGGCAAGUAUGCGCUCUCGGAUCUCUUAGCCAUCGACACAAGAAGCGGAUCUAUGAACGUCGACAUCGCACCUCAAGCGGAAGUACCCGAAAGCUCUUCGCCCGCUGUGUUAAGAGCAAACACGCAGUCCGGAAGUAUGCGCAUCGACUUCGAGCGCAAACACAUUCCCGAGCGAGAUUAUCAGGUGUACCUCAACUCGACAGUCGGCUCUAUGGAUGGUUCACUCGUACACGGGUCUCGCACUAUGAUUAACUCUGUCGCCGGCUCAGUGACCGUAAACAUCCUUCCGUUCAAAUCUGGCGACUUCCCUUCAACCUUGGACACAAGCACGCAUUCCGGGCAGAUGAAUGUCACCCUGCGCACACCGUACAAGGCAAAGGGUGUACCUAUGAUGGGAUUGAUGAGCACGCACAAGAGUGUGUCUGGUGGGCUGGGACUGCAGUAUCCGAAGGAGUGGCAAGGUCACAUUGAUGGAACCAGUCUGAGCGGAGAAUUGCAUCUCCAGGGUAAUGAGCUAGAGCUUCUAGAUCAGAUUGGUACGCCGGGGAAGAAUCAUGUCGAAGCAAAGAAAGGAGAUAGCGGGAGCAAGAUGGUAUUCGAUACUGUGAGCGGAGGCUGUGACAUCAAGAUUGGGAAGACAUAGGUUUAUCGAAAUUGACACCGUG